AUGCCGGACAAGGGAAAGAAAAAAGCUGGGACGAAAAAGAACGGAAAAAACGGCAACGGCAAAGCCGCGAAAAAGUCUCGUAGCUCGAGACGCAGUGCCAACAAAAGUGGAUUUCCAAUGGACGUCUUUAGCGAGGAAGCAAUGGAGAACGCCUACUAUACGUGCCACAACAUCAUGGACGUCUUGUACUGUCGAGGCUUUCCCUGGCCUGAUGCACAGAAAAAAAAGAAAAAGGGCAGAAAGUAA